AAUCGUGGCUCGAGGGGCGGAGGCUUUUCAUCCACACUCUGAUUAUGAGUCAGUUACCAGACAUAAGCGAAACAAUAACAGUUGGUGGUACUUUGUAUCCAAAACCUUCAAAGGCAAGUUGAGUCUUUAGCGCGUUUUGGCGCAUCAAGCUCUUGAGUAUAUCGGAGGUUUCAUAAGAGGAGCACAACGCUCUCCACUUUUAAUCACAUUAGGAGCCUUUAAUGUUCAAUCCUGUUUUUUUUCCUUCCCUACAGUAGCGGUGCAGGAGUGGCCAAAGCCUAAAGCAGCGAUUCAGAUCAGAUUUCACCUAAACCAGCUGGGAGAGAGACCGAGAGAAAGCGAGAGAGAGGGUUUGUCAGUCUCCCUCCUCCCAAAUCCAGAAAAGCUUACCAAGGAAAAAGGAGGAGUGGGCUGGGAGAGAGACACCGAGGAAUCCAGAGGAAUUUCCGAGGAUAUUUUCUCUUCUUUCUUUUUUCCUCUCUUCCCCUCUUUGAUAUUAAAAUUUUAAAAGUUGGAGUGGAGGCAGCAGGGACCGUGGUCAAGGAUGGACGAGCAGCCUCGGCUGAUGCACUCCCACGGGGUAGGCAUGGCCGGACACCCCGGCCUGGCGCAGCAUAUGCAGGAUGGCACGGCAGGGACGGACGGAGAGGGAAGAAAGCAGGACAUCGGAGAUAUAUUACAGCAAAUAAUGACCAUCACAGACCAAAGCUUAGACGAAGCACAGGCGAGAAAACAUGCACUCAACUGCCACAGAAUGAAACCGGCUCUCUUCAACGUCUUAUGUGAAAUAAAGGAGAAAACAGUGCUCAGUAUUCGAGGUGCCCAGGAGGAGGAGCCUCCAGACCCCCAGCUGAUGAGACUGGACAACAUGCUGCUGGCGGAGGGCGUGGCCGGACCGGAGAAAGGCGGCGGGUCGGCAGCUGCGGCCGCCGCAGCGGCAGCCACCGGCGGCAUUGGCGCCGACAACUCAGCAGAGCACUCUGACUAUCGGGCCAAGCUGUCUCAGAUCCGGCAAAUUUACCACACGGAGCUGGAGAAGUACGAGCAGGCGUGCAAUGAGUUCACCACCCAUGUGAUGAACCUGCUGAGGGAGCAGUCUCGAACACGACCCAUCUCGCCCAAAGAGAUCGAGCGCAUGGUCAGCAUCAUCCACCGCAAGUUCAGCUCCAUUCAGAUGCAGCUGAAGCAGAGCACCUGUGAAGCUGUUAUGAUCCUGCGCUCACGCUUUCUUGAUGCCAGGCGAAAAAGGAGGAACUUCAACAAACAGGCGACAGAGAUCCUAAACGAGUAUUUUUACUCCCAUCUCAGUAACCCCUAUCCCAGCGAGGAGGCCAAAGAAGAACUGGCCAAAAAAUGUGGCAUCACAGUGUCACAGGUAUCAAACUGGUUCGGGAAUAAGAGGAUCCGAUACAAGAAAAACAUCAGCAAGUUCCAAGAAGAGGCCAACAUGUAUGCAGCGAGGACUGCAGUCAAUGCAACCAGCGUGUCCGCUCACGGCAGCCAGGCCAACUCCCCAUCUACUCCCAAUUCAGCAGGUUCUGCUGGCUCUUUUAACAUGUCAAACUCCGGAGACUUGUUCAUGAGUGUGCAGUCCCUCAAUGGGGACUCGUACCAAGGGGGGCAGGUUGGGGCCAACAUACAAUCCCAGGUGGAUACCCUUCGCCAUGUUAUCAGCCAGACCGGAGGAUACAGUGACAGCCUCGCAGCCAGCCAGAUGUACAGUCCACAGGGCAUCAACACAAACGGUGGCUGGCAAGAUGCUCCGACUCCUUCGUCAGUGACAUCGCCCACAGAAGGACCCGGAAGCGUUCAUUCAGAUACUUCCAACUGAAUAUAUCCAUCUCUACACUCCAUCCACGAAAAACAAACAAAAAAUGUAAAAAACAUGAACUGACGUUGCUAUUCGCAGUAUUAAAAAAAAGAAGAAGAAGAAACGGAAUUCACUGCCCCACCGUACGGCGAGGUACCACGAAAUCCUAACCAGAAAAAUUCAAUAAUAUUUCCUCUGCUUAUAACGAUGGACUUUUGGGAUACAAACAAAAAGUUUCACAAUAAAAAAAUAUUUCAAAAAAUUAAACGAUAUUGCAAUCAAUGGAGAUGUUUGUACAGAUUUCACAUUAUAAUCAGAGGGCUGGGGUUCCUUAUUCACUCGUAAUGUUUUCGCUCAUUAUGACGAUAAGAUAAAGCAAAGAAAUAAAAUCAUUGGUUUUAACUGAAAAUACUUCAUUCUACCUCUCAGCCACUUAAAAAAAAAAAAAAAGUAGAAAAAUGUCAGUGACCAUUAUUUGUUUUGUAAAAAUGAAACUUUUGUCUUUGCGAACAAGAGGCACAUCUUCUUACUUACAUUUUGUUGUCUCUCACCUAUUCUAUGGUACGCCAUUUAGACUUAAAUAUUGCUCAGUUGUUUACAAUGUGUGCUUGACAAAAAGUAUGUUCAUCUUCCCCUCGCUGUCUCCGACGAGUCAAAACCAAGUUCUGUCAGGAGAUUUUUACCUCUAAGGUAACCCUGUGAAGUAUGUUAUCUGUAAAACAAUAAAUAAAUACCUGUCAUCAAAUCA